UCCCCCUGAUGUGGGCAAGAUGCUGGGUGGGGAGGAGAAGGAGGAGGACCCCGACGCAGCCAGCAAGGAGGAGGAGAGACAGGAGGCGCUGAGGCAGCAGGAGGAUGAGAGGAAGGGCAAAUAUGCCAAGAUGGAGGCUGAGAGGGAAGGCAUGAGGCAAGGCAUCAGAGAUAAGUAUGGCUUGAAAAAGCGCGAGGAGGCCGAGGCCGAGGCAGCAGCUGCUGCAGAGGAGCCUGCAGAGGGCAGCUUGACUCGACCCAAGAAGCUGGUGCCGGCCGGGUGUGGCGACGAGGAGGAAGAGGAGAGUAUCAUGGACACAGUGAUGAAAUACCUGCCAGGCCCACUGCAAGACAUGCUGAAGAAGUAGGCUAGCUUGCUAGCUUAUGCUAACGUUUUUCUAGCUUAAUUCGAAGGUUAAACUCACACUGUUGGCUUGAAUCAAACAUUUUCCCACACAAAUGAAAGAUGUGAACAUUUCUACGAAAGUCCAUAAAAUAAAGUUUAAUUUCGAUGUGGUUUAUGGUUUUUGGAGAAGUUUUACGGUGGGGAAAUUAAUCAGAUGUCAACCAACAGUGUGAAUAUUAGCCUUUAAACAGCCAGGUCAAAGUUAGCUUGAGUCAUGUUAACGUUAGCUAUGUUACAAUAUUUAAGCUAACUUCAAACAGGGGGGCUAAAAAAACACAACGUUAGAUGGUUUAUCCUUCUAGUUUGAGACAUUUAAAAUUCCUUUGACUCUACUCUGCAGAGCUCUCGCGCAGCACUGAAAAAUAACCUUGUCCACCACGCUGUUCACUCGAUUUGUACAUAAGUAAAUGAAUACAAUACAAGCCUAAUGGUGGGCAAACAAUCAUAAAAUAUGAUAUGAAAUUAUUAUACUAACUGUGUGUCUGUCUCUAGAAUAAAAAAAGAUGUGAUAACUUGAUAAGCCAUAUUUUAAAAAGGAAAUGUAAAGACUUCUGUUGUGUGCUCCUAAAGCUACUGUUUUGUGUUCGACCAUGUCUGAAACUUAUGUAAAACUUUUUGCACACAGUGUUACACAUUCUAUGUCAGACCUGUCUAUCUGCCCUACACAUAAGUGUAAUACCAUUCAUGUAGUGUAGUGUUUAAAACUGUUUCUAUUCCCCUUGUUCAGUGCGUCUCCUUUUUAUGUCUUGCAUGCCAUUUGUCUGGACAUGUUUGUUGUGUGAAUAUGUAAAAACUCACCCUCUCCUUUUAUCCUCUUCUUUGUCAUGCAAAAAAUAUUAAGGCAAUAACUCCUAAGUUUGUGUGUGUUUUCACUUUCAUGUCAAUAUAAUCGUUAACAAUAUCAGUAAUUUAAAAAAACGAUAUGUAUGCAUUCAGGAAAUUUCCUUUACAGGUUUGCAGGGUUUCUUUUUUUUGAUGUUUCAUUGUCUCAAUGAAGAAUGACAGUGUAGCCAUUCAUACAAUAGCCAAAACCUUAAGCUUUCAGCCAUAAAUCCAGAACUUAUAUAUAUAUAUAUAUAAUACUACUAUCAGGGCAUACUACUAGGGAGAGAAUAGUGAAUGAAUCUGUAUAAUUAAGAAGAAAUAUGUAUUCAUAAUAAGCAGUAUAAACUUGAAAGUGGGCUGGAUUUUGCAUCAUGUGGAGAUUUGCGACAAAGAGACCCUCCCUCAAUACACACUUACACAGAGCAAGUUUGGCUACUAUAUUAUAUUACUAUGCUAUUUAGUUACACAGUACAACCAGACGGGAAGUGAUGCUUGAUUCAGUUUAACUUAUUGUUGGGUUGAAUGUAAGAACAGGCCGCUGAGUGCGACGUGGAAUGCCAUUGAGCAAUAAAGGAUUAUCAUGUAUGUUUCUGCCUGAGAUUCAAUAAAAACGUAAAACCUU